AUGCCCUUGAUUGUGGCCAAUUAUCUACCAAGGCUGUCGACAGCCACUCUCAUGGCUACCUCGCUGGCCAUGAGAGUUGGCUUUCUGCUUUAUGGGAUCUAUCAAGACAAAUAUAUGGGUCUUCCGUAUACAGACAUAGACUACUUUGUUUUCACUGACGCUGCCAAAUUCGUGUUCAAUGGCCAAUCUCCAUAUGCACGAGACACCUACAGAUACACGCCGCUACUGGCAUGGCUUCUCCUUCCAACCACCUACUGGUUUGAGUACGGAAAAGUCGUUUUCGUGCUUUGUGACCUCGUGACAGGGUACCUCAUCAUCAAACUUUUAGAUAAAGCUAAAAAGAACAAAUCAUGGAGCAUUCUGUGGCUUUGGAACCCGAUGGUGGCCACUAUCAGCACCCGCGGAAGCUCAGAAAGUGUUUUGACCAUAGUGGUCAUGCUAAUCACCAAUUUUACGCUUAACAACCAAUAUGCCUUGGCAGGCCUGUUCACGGGCUUGGCUGUCCACCUGAAAAUCUAUCCACUCAUUUACAUCCCGGCAAUCCUUUUGACCAUCGACAAUUUGCAACCAUGGUACCAGCCUGUGACCAGAGCGAGAUUGGUCUUUGUGCUGACAUCUGCCCUCGGCUUUGGUGUUCUUACGGCUCUCAUGUAUCAUAUUUACGGCGACGAAUUUCUCCAGGAGGCAUAUUUGUACCACUUGAGCCGGUUAGACCAUCGCCAUAACUUUUCGGUCUAUAACUUGACCUUAUAUCUCUCGUCCUACCAGGGAGUUUCCUCGCUACCACUUUUCCAGAACUACGGAAUCCACGUUGAGAAACUGGCCUUUGUGCCCCAAUUGGGUCUCUCAAUGGUUCUCAUACCUCUCAAGCUCGCUAAUAUUGACCUCGUUAGCUGCUUCUUUGUCCAAACCUUUGCAUUUAUUACCUUCAACAAAGUGAUCACGUCACAGUAUUUCAUCUGGUGUUUGUGCUUUUUGCCAAUUUACACGGCCAAUUCGACGAUAAAACCUACAAAGACUGUUUUACUACUUGCAACGUGGAUCGUAACCCAAGGACUAUGGCUUUGGAACGCUUACCAGCUGGAAUUCCUAGGUAAAGCUGACAUUUUCACUACAGGCAUCUGGCUUAGUAGCUGUUUGUUCUUUGUCUGCAAUUGUGUGCUCCUUAUGGCCUUUGCCAACGAUUUGAGUGCCCAAAAGCGGACUCAACUGCAUAAAAAGAAGCGUUGA